GAUGUUUGAGGACCCCUCAAAGGCGAUAUAUGUAGACUUCUUGAAGCAGAUUCGAAAUCAGUUGGAGAGAAGACCCGGUGUUAUCCUUCCCUAUAUACGAAAGAGAAUGUGCUACCAAUGUAAGGAAGAAACAAAAGCUCAGGAGCAAAAAAUACUGAAAAGAAGAGUUGGAGAGGAAGAAAAGCCAAAAACUGGGAGAGCAAGCACUGCCGAUGAAUGUCCUGCUGGCAUGUUGGAACUCCAUCUGCAUGGAGAGACCUCACAAUACCUUGGUCCAUUGCUCGCACUGGGUGUGCUUCCAAUUACCAUAUUUGAUGACAUGUGCUUGAGAGAUUUGUAUGGUGAUCUGGCUAAUGAUCUUCAAGAUCACCGUAAGAUUUGUCAAGUUUUGCAGCAGCAGCAGCAGCAGCAGCGGAAGGAGGAAGCAAUGGCUAGUGGCAGCGAUGAAGCUAACGUUGAAUCUUGGCUCCUGGGCUGUGGGGUCUUAUGGAAUAGCAGCAAUGAGGACAUCAGCAUAGCCAGGCUGCUUCUGAUGAGGAUGUUCUCUCCCAAGGAAGAUGGAGUAAUUCGCAAGUUCGCUGCAGAAAUUUUUGGCUGUCUGAACCCAAGGGUGACUUUGCCUCUUCUCACAUAUCAUCUGGCACAUGCAGUCAGGCAUCUGAGCUCUCUGAGGGCAAGAGCUUGCCUGUUCGCGAUCUGUACAGCUUUGAUGGUCAGGGGUGGAGAUGCACUCUUGCACCCUUGGAUAGGACUGAUCCAGCGGCUGACAAUGAGGAUCUUACUUUGGCCUCUGGCGAGUGGUGGAGAAAGUGGACGAGAUCCUCAAAAGGAAGCACAUGCUGCAAUGGACCUCUUUGCUGUUAUCAUUCGCAUUGAGGCUAUGGUGGCUCAUGCAAAAGCAAAGACAGCACAGGUUGAAUAUGCUCACAAAAGCGAAGGAUCUCCAGAAGACCCCAAUACAAAGGCUGAUUCAACAGAGGAAAGGCGAGGGAUGCAGAAUGGGGUGCUGGAGACCAUCCUCGAUUACGUCACAGGGCUAUCAUCAGUCCCACCAUUCACUGGCGCUCUCACAGAGGCAGUUGAUCCCCCUAUGCAGGUCGAUUCGCCGCCUACCCCCAGCUUGAGACAGGGAUCUCCACCGUGCAGUGUGGCAGCAGAAACAGCUGAGGCCUUAAUAACCGAAGAGAGUUUCUCUCUGGAUAUUCGGAGGUGGUUUGUUGGUGUGGUUGUGAACGCUUGUGAGAAAGCGGAAGAAAACAGCAGGCCUAUGUUCGCAGCUCGACUUGUUCCGCAUCUUCUUCACUCUAUACAGACCUGUGAAGCAGCUGUUGUUCGAGAGCACUGCCUCCUUAUGGUGGUUGCUGCAGGCUACAACCUGAAGGCGCAGUCACUGUUGCCCUUUGCCGAAGAUCUGAUGGACGUGGCAAUGUCAAGAAUGGUCAGCAGAAAGUCCUCAGAGGAGCGUAUGCAGGCCACUCGGCUGUUGGGUGUACUACUUUCGGGAGAGGAGCAAAUUCUUUGCAAAAUUUUGCCAAAGCUGCUGAAGGCACGCCAAGCACUACAAUCCAUUCUCGAGAUGAAUCCAUCUCCAAUGCUUCGUGAUCUUUGCGAACAGUUGCUCGCAUGCCUCUCAUAAGGCCAAGGGAGUUUCUUCAUAGUCUUCUUUUUUUUGUUCGGAAAACCAGUUAUUUGUUGCAAUCUGUAUGGUUUGUCUAAGUUUGCUGGGUAUGUCUAAUUUUAGUAAUUUGACUAUUCCUUCUUCACCACAAUGAUUUCAGAGGUGAAUCUUUGUAGGGUUAUUUCUUUUUGGCCCUUUUGGGAUGUUUGCCUCUGUACACUCUCUACCUAUCCCACUUGUCCAAGGCAGUUUCGGAGUAUCCUCCCUCACCUCCUCUCCCUCCCCCUAUCUUCUUUUUUUUCCUUUUUUCUGGCCAUCCUGUUCAGCAAUACUAAGUAGUAAAUACUCUCUUUAAGU